AGUACAAAAAACCUAUUUUCUCCCAACUUGCAAGCUUCAUGCUCUUAUCACUCCUUGGAUUCCUUGCUCCAUCAAUUCGUUCAAACUAUAGUAUAGUUCCUUUCUAAUUGUGUUGUACGUAUACACACACACGUCUUGUUUUGGGGUUUGUGUGUGAGUCCAUAGUUUAUUGCAAAAAUGGAUAGGAUGUAUGGAAAGGGACCGGCUCCACCGGAAACGUCGGCGGAGGAGUAUCCAUCUUGGAACGAGUCUGAUGUCACCGCUAUGAUGUCCUCUUUCAGCAAUGUCAUCGAGUAUCCGGCAGCCGACGGACACGAAAUGUCAGACCCGCCGGUCAAACAAGAGCUUGAUAAGUCGGAUCAACUACAGCAAGACCAAGAUCAACCAAGAAAAAAACACUAUAGAGGCGUACGGCAGCGACCAUGGGGCAAAUGGGCGGCCGAGAUCCGUGACCCAAAGAAAGCUGCUCGUGUAUGGCUCGGGACUUUUGAGACAGCAGAGGAAGCUGCUUUAGCCUACGACCGAGCCGCCCUCAAAUUCAAAGGCACCAAGGCUAAGCUCAACUUCCCUGAACGCGUCCAAGGUCCUUCGACCACAAGCUACGUCGCAUCUCAAUCCAGCUGUGAUCAUGCCCCAAGAGAUGGUAAUGAAUUAAUGAACUCCGCUCCUCCUCUUCUUGGUCCAUCUACUACUACUACUACUACUUCGUGGCCAACGGAUUAUAAUCAAGACAUACUUCAAUACGCUCAGUUGCUUACGAGUAACAAUGACGUUGAUUUAUCGUACUACACGUCGACUCUCUUCAGUAGUCAGCAACAGCCUUUCUCAACGCCUUCAUCAUCAUCUUCUUCCUCGUUAACUUCUCAACAGAUGCAACAGCAGCCGCAGCGUGAAGAGGAGAAGAACUAUGGUUACAAUUAUUAUUACUACCCAAGAGAAUAAUCUCAUUAUUAUUGUUGGUCGAAUAAGUUUCUUAUAAAUCUCUAUCAUAAAUUCGUAGAAGCGAGUAAAUUGCAACGAAACUUUGGUUGGAUGAGAGACGUGUGUAACACUUUGUUUUUUCUUAGUUGUUAGUAAAAUUUGGAAGUACUGAUUAG